GGACUGAAUGGAUUCCGCAGCCGGCUGCUGUAGCUUCUCAAUCUUCAUCUGAGGCUUGGCGGCCGCUGGGCCACCAGGUUCAUGUGGAGACUCCCGGGUUCCCGCGCCGCGCUUCGUGGGGUCCGCACGGCGGUGGAGCGGCACACUCGGGCCGGGGCGGCGACUGAGAAAGCGGCGGGCGCCAUGGAGCGCGCUGUAGUGCGCUGUGUGCCCUCCGAGCCUAAGCUAAGCCUGUCGUUCGCGCUGGCCGACGGCAGCCACAAAAACAUGCAGCGCGACCAAAGCGAGCCGUUGGGUCGGGCUCUCAGCCGGAUAGCAACCAAUGCCCUUAAAGGCCACGCUAAGGCGGCCGCCGCCAAGAAGAGCAGGAAGAACCGGCCAAAUGCAAGUGGUAGCGUGGCCUGUGCGGGGCCUGGGCCCGAGUCGACUGCGGCCUCCGAGCCCGUGGUGAAGCUGUACUACCGGGAGGAGGCAGUGGCUGAGGACGUGCUCAACGUGGACGCCUGGCAGGACGGCGCGGUGCUGCAGAUUGGCGAUGUCAAGUACAAGGUGGAGCGCAACCCGCCCGCCUUCACCGAGCUGCAAUUGCCACGCUACAUCAUGGCCGGUUUCCCGGUUUGCCCCAAGCUCAGCCUCGAAUUUGGGGAUCCCGCCAGCUCCGUCUUCCGCUGGUACAAGGAAGCCAAAGCCGGAGCGGCAGAGCCAGAGGGCGGGGGCCCCUCGUCAUUGUCUCCCUCUUCACCCUCUCCUGGUUGGACGGAGACCGGUGUGAACGAGCGCGUCUACACGCCGUCCAAUGCCGACAUCGGGCUCCGACUGAAGCUUCAUUGCACCCCAGGCAAUGGGCAGCGCUUCGGGCCAAGCCGGGAGUUGGAAAGUGUGUGUCCCGUGGAGGCAGGGCCUGGCACGUGCACCUUUGACCACAGGCAUCUCUACACCAAGAAAGUGACGGACGACUCUCUCAUCCGCACCGUCUCUUACAACCUCCUGGCCGACACGUACGCCCAGACUGAGUUUUCGAGGAGCGUCCUUUACCCGUACUGUGCCCCUUAUGCUCUGGAACUCGACUACCGCCAGAACCUUAUCCAGAAGGAGCUCACGGGCUACAACGCUGAUCUCAUCUGUUUGCAAGAGGUUGAUCGCAGCGUGUUUACAGACAGCUUGGUGCCGGCUCUCGAGGCCUUUGGGCUGGAGGGCGUGUUUAGAAUCAAGCAGCACGAAGGCCUGGCUACUUUCUACCGAAAGGCCAAAUUCACUCUCCUUAGCCAGCAUGACAUUUCUUUCCAUGAAGCCCUGGAGUCCGACCCACUUCACAAAGAACUGCUGGAGAAGUUAGUUUUGUACCCGUCUGCGCAGGAGAGGGUGCUCCAGAGAUCUUCUGUCCUCCAGGUUUCUGUUCUUCAGUCUACAAAGGACUCUUCUAAAAGGAUAUGUGUUGCUAAUACCCAUCUCUACUGGCAUCCAAAAGGUGGCUACAUUCGUCUCAUUCAAAUGGCAGUAGCCUUGGCUCACAUUAGACAUGUCUCGUGUGACCUGUAUCCUGAUAUACCGGUUAUAUUUUGUGGAGACUUUAAUAGUACCCCAUCAACAGGAAUGUAUCAUUUUGUUGUCAACGGCAGCAUCCCAGAGGAUCAUGAAGACUGGGCUUCCAAUGGAGAAGAGGAACGGUGCAACAUGUCCCUUACCCAUUUCUUCAAAUUGAAAAGUGCUUGUGGUGAACCUGCUUACACAAAUUACGUUGGUGGCUUUCAUGGAUGUCUGGACUACAUUUUCAUUGACUUAAAUGCUCUAGAGGUUGAACAGGUGAUUCCAUUACCUAGUCAUGAAGAAGUUACCACCCACCAGGCCUUACCUAGUGUUUCCCAUCCCUCUGAUCACAUAGCACUUGUAUGUGAUUUAAAAUGGAAACAGACUUGUGUUUAAUGGAAUCUGUCUGCCUUAGUAGGAAAUUUAAUAUGAAUCAAAGCUUAUGUCUAACCUUCAAAGAGGAAAACUAGACAGAUAAAUGUUGUUACUCUACUAGUUAGUUCCAGUCUCUUCAUUACACAACUGUUCAUAAUAUUUGCAGUUUCUCCACUUCUCUUUUUUUCCUAUUGUUGAAGGAAAAACAAAUAUAUUUAUGACUCCCAGGAAGAACAUUGAAUUAUGUACAUUUUUAUAAGUACCUUUUUUUUAAACUAGGAAUUAAGAAUUUUGUAAAAAAA